CCAGCCGCUGGUCGGGGGCGCGCGCGGGCUGGGAGCGGCGGAGAGUGGUGGUCUCCCUGCCGACCUGGAGGCUGGCUGAGUCUGCGUGCCGGCAGCACACAGAAUGUCCCUGGCUGCUUAUUGCAUCAUCUGUUGCAGAAGAAUGGGAACCUCAACUCCUCCGCCAAAAAGCACCACACACUGGAGAGAUGUCAGAAAUAUAAUAAAGUUUACUGGAUCACUUAUUUUAGGAGGUUCUUUAUUUAUUACAUAUGAAGUUCUGGCCUUGAAGAAGUCUUUGACAUUAGAUACUCAAGUGGUAGAAAGAGAAAAAAUGAAGUCAUAUAUAUAUGUGCACACAGUUUCUUUAGAUAAAAGAGAAAAUCACGGAAUCACCUACCAGGCAAGAAAAGAGCUUCACAAAGCAGUAAGAAAAGUAUUGGCAACAUCAGCCAGGAUAUUACAGGGUCCAUUUGCUGACACCUUUAGUACAAUUGACAUAGAAGAUCACGAAUGUGCUGUGUGGCUGCUCCUGAGGAAGAGUAAGUCCGAUGACAGAGCAGCACGACUGCAGGCUGUGCAGGAAAUGUCAGAGACCCAUCACUGGCAUGAUUACCAGUAUAGGAUAAUUGCUCAAGCCUGUGAUCUGAGAACUCUUAUUGGUCUGGCACGAAGCAAAGAUAGUGAUCUUCGCUUCUUUCUCCGCCCACCUCCUUUACCAUCUUUAAAAGAAGAUUCUUCCGUUGAAGAAGAGCUCAGACAGUUGCUGGCUUCUUUACCUCAAACAGACCUAGAUGAGUGUAUCCAGUAUUUUACAUCUUUGGCUCUGAGUGAAAGCAGUCAAAGUCUAGCUGCUCAGAAGGGUGGUUUAUGGUGUUUUGGAGGAAAUGGACUUCCUUAUGCUGAAAGUUUUGGAGAAGUUCCUUCUGCUACAGUGGAAAUGUUCUGUUUGGAAGCUUUAGUAAAACAUUCUGAGAUUCCCACACAUUGUGAUAAAAUUGAAGCAAAUGGAGGCUUACAACUACUGCAGAAGCUGUACCAACUUCACAAGGACUGUCCUAACGUACAGAGAAAUAUAAUGCGUAUCCUUGGAAAUAUGGCUUUGAAUGAACAUCUUCAUUCUACUAUAGUUCGCUCAGGCUGGGUUUCCAUACUGGUAGAAGCAAUAAAGUCCCACGACAUUAUGGAGGCCUCACAUGCCGCCAGAACCCUGGCUAAUCUAGACCGAGAGACUGUGCAAGAUAAGUACCAGGACGGCGUGUACGUGCUGCACCCCCAGUACCGCACAAGUCAGCCCAUUAAAGCAGAUGUCCUGUUUAUUCACGGCCUUAUGGGAGCAGCGUUCAAAACGUGGCGCCAGCAGGACAGUGAUGAGAAUUUAACCGAAAAGUUUUCGGAGGAUGAAAGCAAGUAUACAACAUGUUGGCCCAAGUCGUGGUUAGCAAGAGACUGUCCCGCUCUCCGAAUUAUAUCUGUGGAGUAUGACACCAGCCUUAGCGACUGGAGAGCAAGGUGCCCUGUGGAAAGAAAGUCCAUUGCAUUCAGGAGCAACGAACUUCUGAGGAAGCUCAGAGCUGCUGGUGUUGGGGAUAGGCCAGUGAUUUGGGUAUCACACAGCAUGGGAGGUCUUCUUGUCAAAAAGAUGCUGUUGGAAGCCUCUAAGAAGCCAGAAAUGAGUACUAUUAUAAACAAUACCAGAGGAAUAAUUUUUUAUAGCGUCCCUCAUCAUGGAUCCCACCUGGCUGAAUACUCUGUUAAUAUUCGCUAUCUUCUCUUUCCCUCUUUGGAAGUCAAAGAACUCAGCAAGGAUUCUCCUGCACUUAAAACACUACAGGAUGACUUUCUGGAGUUUGCAAAAGAUAAAAACUUCCAGGUGCUGAGUUUUGUAGAAACACUACCAACCUACAUUGGUAGCAUGAUUAAACUCCACGUGGUGCCCCUGGAAUCAGCAGAUCUAGGCAUUGGAGAUCUAAUUCCUGUGGACGUUAACCAUUUGAACAUUUGUAAGCCAAAGAAAAAGGAUGCUUUUUUGUACCAACGUACCUUACAAUUCAUCUGUGACACUUUAGCCAAAGACCUGGAAAAUUGACAAUUGUCUUCUUCUGUUUUCACACAUGAAUACAGUGCAAGAAACGUGGUGUUCUCUCUUUUUAAGCUCUACGCAAUCAUGCAAAUGUAGUCAUUAUGGCAUUAAUGUGGCCUGGAGUAUGUUGCAGGCAACAGAAUAUUGUUCUGUAAAACACAAACCCAUUAGUGGCAAUCAAAGAAAGAAGGGCUAGACUGGAUUCUUCUGAUUUAAAAAACUUCCAUAUGUGCCAGUUUAUGUUUUGCAGUGUUGCCCCUGGUGAUUGAUUGAUUGAUAGGGAGCAAGCUGCUGUGGCUAAAGGAUGUGAUCUGUGACUUUUGUCAUCUGUGACUGUCCCUGGCUCAUGCUGGGAGCAGCACUGAUGGCUUCUGCAGGGAGAGCCAUCACCAGUUUACCACAGAAAUGCCUGUUGGAGGGUACCUAAAAUGGAGAGAGAAUGAACUUGAACAUAAAGACUCUCUGUUUUGGGUCAGGGUUUCCAUGUGCUGUAAGUUUUUAAAACUUGUCAGUGUAAACCUUUGUGUAACAUGUUAGCUUUGUUACACACCUUGUCAUCCAUGGGUCAUUUCCUUGUAAGUUUUUAUUUUCAUGUUGCUGAGAACAAAUAUUUCUCUUUUUAAAAAAUUUCUAGCCUAUAAUAAUUCUUUCCAGACUGUAGCUACCUAAACUUUUAAUUUUUCCCAGAUAAGAGUAAUAAAUCCAUUAUUGAUCAGAGUGUGAAAUAAAACUAUUCUAAGCCAUUAUCUAUAUAUUAGCAA